GCGCGCCUCUAGCUAGAAAAAACAUGGCAGAAUCGAAGCAGACGCCGGACGCAAACACGGGUAUUCCCGAAUAUGAAUAUAUCGAUGUUAACACCAAACCCUUUCACGUUGGUUCGUUUAGGGACGAGUGGCUGGCCAGACUUCGUCCUGAAGACUUUUCCUUCCAGCAGGAGGACGAGGAGACGUUUGAAGCUAACUUUGCUGCGGAGAUGGGGCUCGGAGCAGAUACCAUGGCUGAACUGAAAUCAGCCUGCAGAAAACCCAGGCAUGCAUGGGGAGAACAUGCUACUGUGUGCAGAAAGCUCACCACCAGAGUUUGAACCUGCGACCUUGCAGUGCUAUCAACCGUGCAACUAUGCAGCUCAAAAAGACAUACACGAAGUGUAUUGACUCACUUCGUUGUCACCCUGAAGAUGAGCAGCUGAGUAUGGACGAUGUACCUUCAAACCCAAGGCUAAAAACACUCAUACAAAGAAAAAGAAAGCAAGAACGUGCAAGUUCUCACAACAUCCAUAAGAACAGACACGACUUCUACGCUGAUGAACUGGAACGAUUAACUAUUGGAAGACCUCCAGAAAUGGGGGCUGACAGGAUCCCUAAAGGAGAAGUCCUUCUAACCAUCAACAUCUACCACCCAGCUGUUUAUGAAAAAUUUAACUUCACCAGACCUUGCAUGACUCUGCUGAUGACCGGCUCCCACACCCUGACUGAGCUCAGGGAUGCCAUUUGCUGCAUCAGUGAUCUGCAAGUGUGCGGCGAGUUCAGCAAGACCCCAGACGUUGCUCCAGACUUCAUCAGCAAAGAUCAUUUUAAGUCGGCAUUCUUUUUCUUUGAGGGAGUUUUCUACAAUGACAUGAGAUUCCCUGAGUGCCAGGACAUCAGCAUCACUACUGUUGAAUGGGCAAAGGCCCAUAACUUCCCCCAGUAUAGUCAGGCCAAGAUGGAGGACACGCGCUUUGUGGAUCUGAAGGUGAAAGUAGGAUUCCCGUACCUCUAUUGCCACCAGGGAGAAUGUGAACAUAUCAUCAUUAUCACAGAUGUCAGAUUGUUUCACAAGACCGACUGCCUGGAUAAGAAUCUGUACCCCCUUCUCACGCACAAGCACCGAUCCCUCACACAGAAGUGUGCCGUUUGCCAUGUCUUCAUUGCCAGGUGGUACACUACUAAUGACCAGUUUGCUCCAAGCGAUCCGUGCCUCUUCUGUGACCAGUGUUUCCGGAUACUGCACUACGAUACUGAAGGAAACAAGCUAGGACAGUUCUUUGCUUUUCCCUACACAGAUCGAGGUGCCUUCAACUGAGUAGCAGAGAGAUCACAGAGAAAUGUUCUACAUUUCUGAUAUUUAUUUUUUAACAAUUGUGAAGAAUUUCAGUUUACUGGAUGUACAUUUGUCAAUAAAAUCAUUUGUUUACAUGUUUA